AUGCUAGCACGGAAAAGUAUCCUCACACUUGGCUACAAAGGGUCUACAUCUUUGAAGGCUUCGGCCAACAUCAUGAAAUUUCAGCAGAUUAGACAGUUGUCAGCAUCAGUCAAACCAGAGAUGAACUGGGUCGAGUUUUUCCGUUUAAGAAAACAAAAUAAAAUGUUGAAUACAGCAGCAUCGAUUUGUACUGCUGGAUUGACUGCAUUUGGAACGCUCGAGUAUUUGGGAAACAUUGAAAUUGAUAUCGAAAAGCCAAUCUUUGGUAUUGACCCAUUCAUGAUAUUGGGUGGAGCAGUUGUCCUUAGUGGUGCCGUGGGGUACUUGUUUGGCCCUUUCAUUGGGACUCCGUUGUUCAAUUUGACUCGCAGUGCUAUCUUGCCUCUGUUUAAGAACAAAGAAGAGCAGUUCUUACGCAGAAUCAAACGCUACCGAGUAGAUCCAUCUUCGCAGUCCUUCUCCAACCCUGUUCCAGAUUACUACGGUGAAAGGAUUUAUUCCUUGAAAACCUACAAGCAAUGGCUCAGGGAUUGCAAUGCCUACAAGAGAAAAGCGAAGGAAUUCAUCUAA